AUGGGAGCAUGGGUAGCUCAAGCAGAGGCAAGAGCCAGAAUUAGAAGAAUUCAACGUGUGGAGGCUAUAUGCAGAGGAGACAGGCUCAGGGAAACAGUAUGGGAGGAGAUCAGAGUGUCCACCGGUAUUGAUGUGAUUAUUGGCAUGGAUUGGCUAUCAGCAAAUAAUGCCAUUUUAGAUUGCAAAAGGGAAGAUGGGACCCUUCCUUUGUGCACUAUGAUAGUUGAGACUAUUAAUAGUUUUCCGUGGUUGUCUGCUACUCAAGCAACUAAGUGUAUUCAAAAGAGUUGUCAUGCCUACGCUGUUUUCUUUUCUAUUAGUACAGAUAAAGAAACUGGUAUUGAGCAAAUUGAGGUAGUAAAAGAGUUUCCUGAAGUAUUUCCUAGAGAAGUGUCCAGCUUACCCACAGAGAGGGAAAUUGAGUUCUCCAUUGAGUUAGUGCCAGGGACAGCUCCAAUUUAUAAAGCAGCAUACAGAAUGUUACCUUCUAAAUUGGCAGAGUUGAAAAAGCAAAUCAAAGAGUUACUUGAAAAAAGAUUUAUUAGACUAAUUGUCUCACCAUAG